AUUGAACAGAGCUUCACUUAGUCUUGGACAAUGAUGCAGCCCAAGGUGCUGCCCGUGCUCCGCCGAUAAUAAUAAGAGAAAAAAAAGGUGCUGAGUUAAGCGGAGGACAGAGGACGAGGAGAGGGGUUCGGGUUGUCACUGCGCGCCGCCACCAUGCUGUUACCGUCCGGCGCGCUCCUGUUGCUGACCGCUUUCUGCUCCAACUUAGACCUGACAGGAGCUGAGGGUUGUGGAACUUCGUGUGGAAAAUGUGACUGCAGUGGUGUGAAAGGAGCAAAGGGGGAGCGUGGAUUUCCAGGUCUUCACGGUACCAUGGGGUUCCCAGGGAUGCAGGGACAUGAGGGGCCGCCAGGGCCAAUGGGCCCAAAGGGAGAUUAUGGUUUACCUGGAGCUCCUGGGCUGAAAGGAGUGCGAGGCCCUCCUGGUCUGCCAGGUAUGCCAGGAAACCCAGGACUACCAGGCAUCAAUGGAAACGAUGGUCCACCUGGUCCACCCGGUAUCCCAGGAUGCAAUGGGACGAAAGGUGAAAGAGGACGUGAUGGUUCUCCUGGUUUUCCUGGACUUCAAGGUCCUCCUGGCAUCCCGGGAUCUGCUGGAAUGAAAGGAGACCCCGGUGGUGUGAUUGGGAUUUUUCCUCGGCCUCAGAAAGGAGAACCAGGAUUUCCUGGCACACCUGGACUACCUGGACCAUCUGGCCUCAGUGGACCUACUGGACCUCCAGGACCUCGAGGGUAUCAGGGACUUAAGGGUGAUCCUGGACCGCCCGGCCCUCCAGGGGAAAAAGGAGACCGCUUGUCUUUUGUGGGUGAAAAAGGAGAAAAGGGAUUCUGCUUGCCUUAUCAGACUGGGAUCAAAGGUGAACCGGGGCCACCAGGACCACGAGGUAAACCUGGAAAAGAUGGGGAGAAUGGAUUCAAGGGAGAAAAAGGCUUUGCUGGAGCUCCUGGAUACCCCGGUUUAUUGGGAGAAAAAGGAGAACCUGGACCGCCUGGUUAUGCUGGUGGUCCCCCUGGUAGUCCUGGUCCAUCUGGACCCCCAGGUUUUCCAGGAGAAAAAGGUUUCCAAGGUCCUCAGGGAGAGCCUGGUAUACCAGGUCGCCACAUUGAAGGGCCUCGUGGAGACAAGGGUCAGAAAGGAGAAAUAGGCGAGAAAGGCGAUAGAGGCGUAGAAGGACUGUCUCUUCCUGGACCGCCUGGACAACAAGGACCAGCUGGACCCCCAGGGCCACCCGGACCACCAAUUGACCCAGAGGAGUGUAACAUUAAAAGGGGAGACCCUGGCCCACCUGGACCUCCAGGGUUAACAGGAGAAGUAGGACACAAAGGUGACAGAGGAGAUGCCUGCAUUAGUUGUGAAGGCACUGGUCCACCUGGAAUCCAGGGCAUCAAAGGGGAGCAAGGACCUCCAGGUCCAGGUGGCUUCAAGGGAGAAAAGGGUCGCGCUGGCAUUCCUGGAGAACCUGGUAGACCUGGUUCUGCAGGAACUCCUGGACUGAUGGGAGCCCCUGGUGCUGUGGGUGAACCGGGAGAUAUUUUCAUAGCAGAAGGUUUUAAGGGGGACAAAGGUCGUCCUGGUAAUCCUGGCUUUCAGGGACAGCCAGGUCAGGAUGGACUGCCAGGGAGAGAUGGUAUCCCGGGUCCACAGGGUCCCAAAGGAGAACCAGCCAAAGAGGGCAUCAAGGGUGAACGUGGACCAGAUGGGGACCCUGGUCUUACCGGACCUCCAGGAGAAAGGGGUCCUCCAGGUUUACCAGGCUAUGCCAGACCAGGAGACCCUGGAGAGAAGGGUAGUCAAGGGUCACCAGGAUUGCCUGGAUCUCCUGGACGACCUGGUGCAAAAGGGGAUCCAGGUGUUGGUGUUAGUACUCCUGGACCUCAGGGGGUACCUGGGCCACGUGGAGAAACUGGUCUGCCUGGACUUCAAGGUGACAGAGGUCCUCCAGGAGAUCCAGGGUUACCAGGUUUUCCUGGAGAAAAGGGUGAACAUGGAAUACCGGGAAUUGGAUUUCCUGGUCCAGCAGGUCCUAAAGGAAUCAGUGGAAUUCCUGGAACCACAGGAUUGCCCGGAGAGCCCGGAAAACCAGGACACGAUGGGUCACCUGGAAAACCUGGCCCACCUGGACAGAAAGGUGAACCUGGGCGUGGUCUUCCUGGCCCAAAAGGUUCACAAGGCUACACAGGAGUUACAGGUUUCCCAGGUGAGAAGGGUAACGUCGGAUUCCCUGGUAUUCCUGGACGUGAAGGACCAACAGGACUACCAGGACCUCAAGGACUUCAGGGUGAAGUUGGACCUCCAGGACCUUCUGGACCAGCUGGCCAACCAGGUGCUCCUGGGAAAGGUUUGCCUGGACCUCCUGGACCACAAGGACCACAGGGAGAUCCUGGACCUUAUGGCAUCGAAGGUAUAAAGGGAGAAAAAGGUUACCCUGGUCUUCCUGGGCUCGAUAUGCCAGGGCCUCAAGGAGACAAAGGAAGUCCUGGGUUCCCAGGAGUCCCAGGUUUCAAAGGACUACCAGGCCAACCUGGAUUACCAGGCAUAGAUGGACCAAGUGGAAACCAAGGUUCGAAAGGUGAAAUGGGAGUCAUGGGAACACCAGGAACCCCAGGAUUUCCUGGACCUCCAGGAUCACCUGGAUCUCCUGGUCUGAGAGGUGAUCCUGGUUUUACUGGGCCUAGAGGAGACAGCGGAGAGCCUGGACUUAAAGGUGACAGGGGAGAUAAAGGUCCUCCAGGACCUCCUGGGAACUUGACAAAGGUUGAAAUGGAGCACUUGAAGGGGCAAAAGGGAGACAUUGGAGACCCAGGUCAACCGGGUGUCACUGGAGAGAAGGGCCACGAAGGAUCUCGGGGCGAUCCAGGAAUGCCUGGCAAAGAUGGUGCUCCUGGAUUACCUGGACAACAAGGUGAUAAAGGAGAUCCUGGUUUUCCGGGAGAGCCUGGCGUGCCGGGACAAGUGGGUCUCAAAGGCAGUGUGGGCGACAUGGGAAUACCUGGUCCGGUUGGUCCAAAGGGUGCAAAAGGAGACUUUGGUACACCAGGUCAUCCAGGGUUCAGAGGUGCAGAGGGUGAGAAAGGAGACUCAGGGGUACCUGGUGAGCCAGGUAUUGGUCUUCCUGGGCAUCCAGGAGAACAGGGUCAGACUGGCCAGCCAGGGUUUCCAGGGUCACGUGGGGACAAAGGUGAAAAGGGUCAAGAGGGAAUGCCUGGGAAACCUGGACUACCAGGAACCAAAGGAGACCAAGGAGGCACUGGAUACCCAGGUCAACCAGGUAGACCGGGAGAGAAGGGUACUCCUGGACUUGCUGGAUCUGCAGGAGAUCCAGGUCGUGACGGCCGUCCUGGUGAAGGCGGUCUACAGGGGCCUCCUGGUGCUCGUGGAGAAAAAGGUGACCCUGGAGAGGAUGGCAUCCCUGGAUCCAUUGGGGAGAGAGGAGACCCAGGUACACCUGGUGUAGGUUUGCCUGGACCUCCUGGAACUCUUGGCGUCAAAGGUGACAAAGGUAGUGCAGGUGUACCUGGCAUGCCAGGUCAGCCAGGUAUCCCUGGUGUUAAAGGAGACAAAGGACUUCCAGGUCCGCUGGGACCCCAAGGAGAGCCAGGAGAGCCAGGUCUUCCAGGCAUCUCUAAAGAAGGCCCUAAAGGAGACAAGGGAGAGACAGGUCCAACUGGUGAAACAGGAUUCCCAGGAGCACCAGGACCUACUGGAGUGCCUGGCAGAGAUGGCCCAAAAGGAGAGACAGGUGACCCGGGUCCACCUGGUUACCAGGGAGAGUCCGGUCACAAGGGAGACCCUGGAGCUCCUGGACUUUCUGGUCCACCUGGUCUCCCAGGUAUUGAUGGUCAGAAGGGAGAAAAAGGAUUACAGGGUGUCCCAGGCUUCCCAGGUACCAAGGGUUUUGUUGGGGACCUUGGAUUCAAAGGAGAAGUGGGCGACAGAGGCUUCCCCGGAGAAAAAGGUAAUGAAGGUCCUCCUGGUCCCCCUGGACCUCAGAUGUUAAUAAAAGGAGACAUCGGGUUCCCAGGAAAUCCUGGAUUACCGGGUCCCCAGGGGCCAUCUGGGUUCCCUGGGCAGAAAGGGCAGCAAGGUGUGACUGGUAUUCCAGGUCCCAAAGGUGAUGAUGGUCUCCCUGGGUUUAACGGUCAGUCAGGAGCCAAAGGAGAGCCUGGUCUACCGGGACCCGAAGGACCCAGAGGACAUCCUGGCCCCCCAGGACCCGAUGGUGUUCCAGGUCAAGUCGGUCCACCUGGCCCGUCAUCCAUGGAGCAUGGCUUCCUGGUGACUCGUCACAGCCAAGCGGUGGAAAUUCCAUUAUGUCCAUAUGGGACCAGGCUGAUUUAUGACGGCUACUCCUUGCUUUAUGUGCAAGGCAAUGAACGCUCCCAUGGACAAGACUUAGGUACGGCAGGCAGCUGUUUGAAAAAGUUCAGCCCUAUGCCCUUCCUGUUCUGCAACAUCAACAACGUGUGCAACUUUGCCUCUCGGAAUGAUUAUUCGUACUGGCUCACCUCGCCCGAGCCCAUGCCCAUGAGCAUGGCGCCUAUCACCGGGGACAGCAUCAAACCUUUCAUUAGCAGGUGUGUUGUAUGUGAAGCUCCAGCCAUGGUGAUAGCUGUUCACAGUCAGACCAUAAUGAUCCCACCUUGCCCUGAAGGUUGGGACUCUCUGUGGAUUGGCUACUCCUUCGUUAUGCAUACCAGUGCAGGUGCUGAGGGUUCAGGCCAGGCCUUGGCCUCUCCUGGAUCCUGUCUGGAGGAGUUCCGUAGCGCUCCGUUCAUCGAGUGUCACGGCCGAGGAACCUGCAACUACUACGCCAACUCCUACAGCUUCUGGCUCGCCACCAUCGAAGACGAUGAUAUGUUUAGGAAACCCAUCCCAACAACCCUUAAAGCAGGCAAUCUCCAAACACACAUAAGCCGUUGUCAAGUGUGCAUGAAGAGGACAUAAACCCCUUAACCCCCAACUCCAGCAUUCUUAAACUCAUGCUUUACUUCCUGUUUUGAUGGUGCUACUUCCCCGCCUGGCAUGUGUGAACGAAGAGGAACAGCCAAAGACGGAACUUUGACAAACCAAAAACACAGAGACCAAAGAGUCUUUUUAUCUUUUUGUUCUGAGCUGAAACACGUUUGCAACGUGUGGAAAAAAAAAUGGCGCCCAGUUUACCACUGCACUGAGUUCAAGCCCCUGAAACUGGUUAACUGGUGUUCAUUUUCUAAGGGCUGUUUGUGGGAGUCAGGUGCUAUUGAAUUGAAAUUGUCUGCCUUUACGUCCUGUUUAGUUUUAUUUUUCCUUCCAGUGUCACACAUUUAACUACACUUUAUUCACACCUAUUACCUUGUUUAAAUCUACUAAUGAGAAGGAUGGGACUUACCACUGGUGACAGACACUCAUCACUCAUGAACCACCCUCAUGUUGCAGAUAGUUAUCAUUUACUCUUUUGUAAAUACCAUGCAUUCCUUUUUAAUAUAUACCAUACUCUCCUCAGGUUAUUACUGUAUCCAUUUGUGUGUUAUUAAGCCCAUUUUUUUAUUUAUAAAAUUUGAAAGAUUAUGUUGAGUUUUUCUGAAAUUCCAUGUAUCCAAAAACAGUUGUUUCAUGUUUGACUGCCAUAUUAACCAAAAAACAGCACUGAAAUCGCAUUGACUGACGUGUGUGUGUGUGUGUGUGUGUGUGUGUGUGUGUGUGUGUGUGUGUGUGUGUAGAUAAUAUGAACGUGUUUGAAUGAGAUAGAAAUUGUGUGUGAGUUGUUAAUUUCCUCAAAUAUAUGACUGAACACCCUUGCUGUUACUUUAUCUAAAACAAAUUUAGCAAUAAAUUCUUCAAGCCUUUUCACAGAACUUCACUUCAAAAGAUGUGAAACGUUAUUUGAAGCUUGCAGAAGAUCGUGCAUGACAGAUAUAGUAUGUUUCCGUGGUUUUCUAAAACUCUCUCAUCUUGGAUCCGAAAUAAAUGCACAUGUACUGUAUAUACUGUGUACUAACAUGUACUUGCUGUUUUGCUUGUUUACUUGACUGUUCCCAUGUGUGAAUUCCUUCUUUAAAAUCUUGUUGGAUUAAGUGUAAACAUACAUUGAUCAUCAUGAUUAGGCAAAAAAAAAAUCAUGAAUAUUUACACAUUUAAAAGUUUUAUAGGUCAGCAUUUGCUUUAGAAUUCAAUUUUGACACAUGUUAAUGUAGAAAAUCACCAACAUUGUCUGUUUUUAGUGCGAUUAAAAAUGCAGAGUAAUUACUUUGCAACUGACUGUGAUCAAAUGAACUAAAAUGCUAAAAAAUACAUUCAGGCUUUGCAGCAAACUAUCUCACAUUCGGAUAUUUCACAAACAGAUUAUAUAUAUUUUCCCAACUCAUACUGUGUAAUUCUUGCAAUAAAAAUGAUGUGUAGAUUUUUCUUAUUAA